GGAGCCAUCGGGCUGCCCAAAGAGGGAGCAAGAAGUAUGAUCCUCACGCAGUGCGCCGUCUGCGCCACCGAGCUUGGCUUGUCAUUGGGCAAGAAAUGCGGCCGCUGCAGCACACGCUACUGCGGGCCCGAAUGCCAGAAACAGCACUGGGAAGGGGGCGGCCACGACAAGCUCUGCAAAAAGAUUAAGCGAGCCGGUGGGGCUGAACAGUAUUAUGCCGAUACGAAAUACUCAGAGGCCGUAACGGUCGCAGCGGAGGCGUGCGCGGACGACACGAAGGGCCAGACGUGCUUCAUCUGCACGCAGGCCCUCCAUUGGAAGACGAAGGAGGGCCUCGUGCGCGGGUGUUCGUGCCGCGGGACGGCGGGGUUCGCGCAUGUGGCGUGUCUGGCGGAGCAGGCCAAGAUUUUGUGCGACGAGGCCGAGGAGAACAAUUUGGACAUGAAGGUGUUUAAUGAGCGGUGGCGGCGGUGGCACACGUGUGGCCUGUGCGAGCAAGAGUACCACGGCGUCGUGUGCUGUGCGCUCGGGUGGGCGUGCUGGAAGACGUACGUGGGUCGGCCCGAGACGGAUCAGCCUCGGCUCGCAGCGAUGACGCAGCUUGGGAAUGGUUUAUCCGCUGUAGGACGCCACGAGGACGCAUUGUCCGCGAGAGAGGCCGAAUUGUCUAUGAAGCGGCGCGUUGGCGCACCAGAACACCAAGUGCUCAUCGCGCAGGGCAAUCUUGCGUGCACGUAUGACGACCUCGGACGGGUUGCAGAGGUCCUGUCCCUGCGACAAGAGGUAUACUCUGGAACUUUGAAGCUCCAUGGCGAGGAACAUUAUGACACCCUCCGAGAAGCCUACAAUUACGCGUCGUCCCUUAUGAUUCUAAGUCGCUUCGAAGAAGCCAAGUCGCUGCUGCGCAAAAUGAUACCUGUGGCGCGACGCUUCCUCGGAGAAAGCCAUGAUCUCACGCUCCAUAUGAACAAAGUUUACGCGGUGGCGCUCUUCGAAGACGACGGAUCGACGCUCGAAGAUCUCCGCGAGGCCGUGGCGACACUCGAGGACGCGACACAGACCGCGCGACGCGUGUUCGGCGCGGCGCAUCCGCUUGUAGUGACUUUCGAUUGUGCCCUAGAAGCAUCGCGAGCCACGCUCCGCGCCCGCGAGACGCCGUCGGGCAAGUAGAAAAUAAAUACCUAACACAUGACUCACC